AUGUCACGCGCAGCAAAACUCACUCUCGGCGCUACAUCUCUCUUUGCGAUCAGCACCGUCUAUUUCGUACACUAUGCGCAAAAAGCAGAGAAAGCUGCCAUGCACGCAGGCGUCGUUCGGGACAUGGAGCAGCAGCAGCUAAAGCGGGAGCGCCAGCUUGAUUUCGACAUGCAGAAGGCGUUGGAAGAGGAGUAUAAGAAGGUGCAGAGUGUGCAUGAUGGUGGUUCGCCGGUGUUGGAUAGGCCGCGGUGA